AUGAAAUUUGGAAACUACUUGAAAGAGCACAUGCAAAGUCCUUGGAGACUGGAAUACAUUCAGUAUGAUUUGCUCAAGAUGGAUUUGAAGAACAGGCAACUCGAUCACGAGUGGAAUCAGCAAGAUGAACAAGCUUUUAUCCAGCUUUUUUCAAAUGAAAGGAAUAAGGUUGUGCAAUUUAUCCAUGAUUUCAGUCAACAGCUCGUAUCUCGCAUCAAAUACAGUCAGCAUUUGCUACAAAAUGCUCGAAAAAACAACGUGGCCAUACCGCAAGACAUGCGUUUCAGUCAACUUUCGCCAGUCAAGGACUCUACUGCAGAUUUCCUCAACACGCUGGAUGACACUUUAAUUGAGAUUCUGUUUGAUAUACACGAUUUCUCUAGUUUUAUUCGGUUGAAUCAUAUUGGAUUUGAAAAGAUUUUGAAAAAGCAUCAAAAGUGGACACAUAUCGAUCAUCAAGUUGGGGAAAAUGCACCAGAAUACCGUCAUGACAUUGCAUCGCUGGAAAUCAACCACAGCCACUCGUUCUACAAGCAAGUAUCAGCACUGAGGUACGAAUGUCGCCAUGAUACCUACAAGGCCAGUCAGCUAUCCUGUAAACAGCGUGGAAUUCCUUUGAUCGUACCUGAAAGACGGUCUAAAAAGUACUGGAUCCAUCAAGAUCACAUCUCUGAGGUUACAGCCAUUCUUUGCAUGUACAGCUAUGUUGUACCAAAAUCGUCCGCCAGCAGCAGCGAUAAUGCCAUGUCCAACCUGUAUUUUGAUAACAGCUAUAUGGAUGUGUACUGCGACAGAGCUGACGAGAAAGAGAACACUCAAGUUCUAAAGUGCAAGAGGUAUGGUUCAUUUUCGAAUGACCCUGUGUAUUACUUUGAAGACGAGGUCCACAACAGCUUUUACUCGGGUGAUGUAUCAAGCAAAUCGAGAUUCAAAAUCGGCAAGAAUGAUAUGAGUGAUUUCUGUCAUGGAAAGUACACGGUGCCAGACAUUGCAGAUGACGAUGAAUUGGAUGAGAAAGAGGCCAUGAAGCUUGACUACGACAACGCAGGGGCUCUUGCAAAAGCAGCUCAAGAUGGCAUACAUUCUCAGUCAUUGAAGCCCUUAUUGCAAUGCAACUAUAAUCGAUUGGCAUUCGAAUUGCCAAACAAUGAUGGCAGGCUGACCAUCACGCUUGAUACAGACAUUAAUUUCCAAAAGCAAUACCACAUACAAGCGUUUACUGCGCCAUCUACCGAUAAUCAAAUCAAGCACUUCCCUUAUGCUAUUCUAGAGGUCAAACUAUCGACAGAAAGCAAAAUGGACGACCCUUCUCUUUACUGGCUGAAUACAUUCACACAAAAGAGCAAACUCUUGCACCAAGUUCCCAAGUUUUCCAAAUACUUGCAAGGCGUGUAUCAAGUAUUCUCAGAUCAAGAUAGUUUCGUUUCUCAAGACCAGGUGCCAAGUUGGCUAGGAUUUUAUCAAAAGGGCAUCACAGCAUCUGUGCAGCACCAAGGUCUUUCUCGUUCAAAAAGUUUGCAUCCGCUUCUGAACGGGGAAAAGGUGCGAUCCAUCAUACCGUACCCCAAUGCAAGAAGUAGAGCAAGCUCAUAUAGCCCUUCUUCUCAAAAAUACCAUGACAGUUCUGUGCGAUCAAGUCAAUCCAACAGCGAAUAUGUCUCGAUAUCCAUGAAUAUGCCCUCCAACGAUGCUAUUCUGGCUCGCAGUGCUAUUGUUGUCCAAAACGAGAAUCCAAAAAUUGUACUCGACAUGAAUGAAAAGACGGAAAUGCAUUCACCUGCCAUGGAUAAUAGUGCAAAAUCAUCCAACUCCUUCUCACGACAUGGAGACUGGGUCAUCAAUACCACUAGCAACAACAACAGCACUGGCAAUCUAAUCUUGGAUCAAGAUGGCUAUCCCAUUGUAUACAAGAACCAGUCUCAACACGACAACCGUUCUCAAGCAUCCUUUUGCAACAAGACUAGUAGCCAAGAUGAUAUCGAAACUGGCUUCAAGACGCAAAAGAAGCCCAAAAACAAAAAGAAUGGUAAAAAGUCAAUCAAACUUGAGCCUAAAGUCUUUUUUGCAAAUGAAAGAACAUUCAUCUCUUGGCUUCAAUUCUGCGCCUUGUUACUGACAGUAGCCUUGAAUUUGCUUAAUUUUGGCGACAAGACAUCUAGAAUUUGUGGAGGUGUUUUUUUGUUUAUUUCAAUGCUGCUGGCUCUAUAUGCUCUUGCAAGAUUUCAAUACAGAGCGUGGCAAUUGAGAAGUCCAAGUCAAACGGGUCGAUUUGAUGAUCUCUAUGGACCUGCUGUGCUUUGUGUUUUGAUAGUGGCAGCACUUGUGAUCAACUUUUGGCUGCGAUUUAGGUACCUUUCGGACGCAAAUGAUACGAACACCUAUUUACAAAGCCCAGCGAAUGCCGCAUCUAAUUAG